AUGUCAUCUUCAAUCUCAGGUCUUGAGGCGCUUAAAUGCGACUUCGUCGUUCCCAACGACAACACCCCGGAACUAUCGCGAUGGUCCGAUACAAAAAUCAGUAGACCAUCUCUGGUAGUCACUCCCAAAACAGAGAGUGAUAUACAAGCAGCUGUUCGUAUUGCCAAGGAUAACAAACUCACUGUACUCCCCGCGGGAGGCGGACAUGGGACGUUUGUCACUGUGGACUCGUUAACGCUGUACUUGGACUUGAAGAACUUCAAGACAAUCGAUUUGAACAAAGAUGAAGGGCGCGUUAGAGUCGGUGCUGGUGUUGUUGUGGGUGAGGUGGUGAAGGCAUUGGCGGACGCGGGUUAUUAUACUCCUGUUCCCAGUUCUGAUGGCGUGGGUUUCGUGGGUUGUGUUCUUGGUGGUGGGAGUGGGAUACUCAGUGGUCUUCACGGAUGGAUGAUUGACAACGCUGUUUCUUUUCGAGUCAUCACCGCGAAAGGCGAUAUCGUGGAGGUUAGUUCUGAGUCGAAGGGUGAAGAGUUGGCGCUCUUCAAUGCCCUUUGUGGUGCAGGGCAUGGAUUGGGUGUUGUCACAGAAGUGACCGUCUCAGCGUUCCCUAUCGCAAAGCUCAACAUGGAAGAUGACAAGAUCUGGACGAGGACACUUGUGUUUCCUGCUUCGGCGAUUGGCGUUGCUGUCGAGACAUUUUUGGGCCUGCGCAAGCCUUUGCCUGAGGGUUAUGUCACGAUGGUAUUUACGCGCAGCCCCCCAGGAACUCCAGCAGCCGGCGCUCCGAUUAUUGUCUUGGGGUAUACGUUCUUUGGACCGACCGAGAAGGCCGAAAAAGAAGCAGCGCUGCUUUUUCAGGAUGAGGUUGUUGGAAGAGCAGUUGUGAACAGGACAGAUCUGGUGCCCUUUGCCAGCAUCAACGCCAAGCACGAAGCUUAUAAUUAUCACGGCGGCCACAAAGCCAUAGCAUCAUGUCGUCUGUACAAGACAGAACCCGAAGCUAUAAUGAGCACGUUCAAAAAGUGGACGACAGCAACACAAGAGUACCCCGACGCUCAGCAGAGUCCACUCAUCCUAUCCGCCUCCAACAUCGACAAGAGUGUAGCUGAAGCUGGAGAUAACUUUAUCGACGCUCGAGAUAGACCUCUAGUUGCGCUCGCGAUUGUAAUUGCGGAAAAAGAAGAAACGAGUCAAGCGUUUGUAAGUGUGCUCGAUGGUAUCGUUGCUGGGUUGAGGAAGAUUGAUGAGGGUGCUGGACCGAGAAGUUUUGCGAAUAAUUGGAAGUUUGAGACGGAUGUGAAUGAAAUGUUUAGUGAGGACAUGUUUGAGAGGUUGAGGGCUGUUAAGAAGAUGUGGGAUAGGGAGAGUGUGUUUUGGUCGCCUUAUUUUAAGUGA